UCAGUAAAUACCAAUGAAGUUUUAUUACCAUUGGAGCAAAGACAUAACGCUAACGGAAUACAAAACCCAAAACGGAGUACAACUUCUGCCGAGCAUGCUUUGAUCAGAAGAACCAAAAUAUUACAACAUGUUUAAGAAGUUUGAUAGUAAGGAUGCAGUAUCGAACGUGAACAAUGCCAAAUCCUCAGUACAGAAAGGCAUCCGCAACGCAGUACUAGAGCAGUUCCCACACAUCAGAUCCUACAUUGAUGAGAUUUUACCCAAGAAGGAGCCACUUAAAGUUGUCAAAUGUCAUGAACAUAUAGAAAUUCUAGCCAAUCAGACAGGUGACCUCCUGUUCUUCCGACAAAGAGAUGGCCCGUACUGUCCGACACUCAGGCUCAUUCACAAAUACCCCUUCCUGCUUCCCCUCAUGCAAGUGGACAAGGGUGCAAUCCGCUUUGUACUGAGCGGUGCCAACAUCAUGUGCCCCGGGCUGACGUCGCCGGGCGCCAGGAUGACGAGAGUAGACAAAGAUUCCGUUGUUGCGAUCAUGGCCGAGGGAAAGGAGCAUGCACUAGCCAUUGGUCUCACAAAGAUGGCCACAGAUGAAAUAUUACAAAAGAACAAGGGUAUCGGCGUGGACAACAUUCACUUCUUGAACGACGGUCUAUGGAAUAUGAAAAGUGUAAAGUGACCUUUAAUCAAAUACUAGAUUGUUUUCUUUCCAUGUCUCCUUUAUUUUCUGUACUUUACUGAAAAUAAAUAUGUGCCAGUAA